GCCGCCAUGUCCAAGAGGGUGUGUAUCGUCGGUGCGGGGCCUGCCGGUCUCGUGGCCGCCAAGUCACUGCUCCAUGACGCGCCUCGAGGCACCUUCGACGUUACUUUGUUCGACUCCCAGACCCGGAUUGGUGGUCUCUGGCCCUCGCACAAGGACGACAGUACCGGCCUUCUUCAUCCCCUCACGAUUACGAACCAGAGCAAACACACCGUCCAGUUCAGCGACCUUGCCUGGCCGGAGGACGCCCCACAGCUGCCCCGGGCAUGGCAGGUCGGUAGGUAUCUCGCUGAGUACCUGCAGAGAUACUGCUCCGGGGCUGAGCUGAGGCUUGGAACCCACGUGGAAAAAGCGGAACCCUUCGCAGCGUCUACCACCAGCGGCUCACCGUCGGGCUGGCGCGUGCAGACGCGUUCCGCCGAGGGAAAAGUGCGGGAAGAGACCUUUGACUACCUCUUGGUCGCUUCGGGCUUCUUUGGCAAGCCAACAGUUCCGCCGGUGAGCAAUCGCGGUCACGAUGUCCCGAUCAUCCACAGCAGUCAGUACCGCGAUCUGCAGAGCCUCGUUGGGAAAACGAGCGGGUCGGGAGGCAAAAUCCUCGUCGUUGGCGGCCAGAUGUCUGGCGUCGAAAUCGCGGGCACAAUCGCAUCGCAUCUCUCGUCCGCCACCCAUUCCCCGGAACCUAGCCCGAUCGCCAACCCUGAAAAGUACACCGUACACCAUAUCAUCCAGCAGCCCGUGUGGGUGUUCCCGCUCCACACCUCUCCGAAUCCAACGGCGCCUGCGCCUCCGUUCCUACCUCUCGACCUGGGGUCUUACAAUCUCUCCAACAGGGUCCAGCCAUUGACCAACUCGCAGGGGCACAUCUCACCGGAAGCUGCCAAGAUUGUCCAUUCCAUCUAUCAGACGACUCUCGGGACCGACCAGUCGAUCUUUUCGCCCGAUCUUGCCGUCACAACCGCGCAUACCGGUAACCCGCCAUACCUUGCCGUUAGCGAGAACUACCUUGACUUUGUCCGUUCCGGCCUCAUCGCGCUGUCUCGGGGAAAGCUGGCGGCUCUUUCGGCCGACGGGGCGACAUUAACACCCUCGAACGAGCAGAUCGGCGACGUUGCCGCGGUGGUGUAUGCAACGGGCUUCGAGGCGUCGCCCUCGAUCUCGUUCCUUCCAGCAUCCGUGAAGGAGGCGUUGUCCCUGAGCCCGUCCGACCUGAACAACACGGUCGCGCUGGCAUUUCACGGCACCUACCACCCCGACGUCCCAAACCUCGGCUUCGUCGGCUUCUACCGCUCGCCGUACUGGGGCAUCAUGGAGAUGCAAGCCCGUUUCCUCACCGCCCUGUGGGCAGCCGGCGGGCCAUCCUCGCCCUCUCUGCCCCCGUCGAUCAAGGAGGCCCUGAGCAACGACAGGUCGAUCGAGCGGACGCUCGGCCUCCGCACCGAUCCCAGGGCGUCCCAGUUCCCGAUGGGCGACUACGCCUGGCUCAUGCAGGAGUUCGCCGCCGCGCUCGGGCUCGAGCGCUCGCCGCACCUGGGGCCCAUGCCUCGGCUGCCGCCCGCGGACAAGGAGAUGGACAUCCUGACGCCCGCGCGGUACCCGUCCGGAUCGCUUACCGAGUCCCAGCGGGCCGAGGUCGCCAGGUCUCUGGCGCACACCGAGGCGACCGCCUGGGCGGGCGUGCGCUCGGGCAGGUUCGUCGCCAGGGCCGUCUUCCGCUCCCUCCUCGGCGAGUGGAAGCUCGAGCGGGACCUGGUCAGCAAGCUGCCCGGCCACCCGAGCGGGCACUUCAGCGGGACCGCCAAGUUCCUCCUCCGCGACGGCACGAGGGACGGGCGCGAGGCCGAGUUCGACGCCCUCGGAGAGGACGGCGACCCGGGGCAGGAGUAUCUCUACGUCGAGGAGGGCGAGUUUGCGGCGUCCAACGGCCUGACGUUCCGCGCCACGAGGCGGUACGUCUGGCGCUACGACGAGAAGAGGGACAAGCUGAGCGUGUGGUUCGUCCGGACGGACGACCAGAAGCGGGCCGACUACCUCUUCCACGAGCUCGAUUUCGUCUUGCCCAGCGGGGGGGUGGGGGGCGGGGAGGACAGGAAUAACGGGAAUAACGGGAAGGGCUGGGAAGCAAAGGCCGGGCACCUGUGCGUCGACGACUUCUACGACGUCAAGUACCAGUUCAACUUCAAGGCCGUCAACUUGUGGGAUUGGCGGCUGGCAUACACGGUCACCGGCCCCAAGAAGGAUUACACGAUUGAUGGACUGUACAGCCGCUAG